AUGCUGGCCUCCUUUACCGCUUUUACACUGAUACUGGCGCGGAUCGCCACCAUCUCGGCCGAGCGUACUCCCAGAGAAGUCCCAUGGUCAGACAAGACAUUUGGACCCGACGGACCAUGGCGAGCUAUACAUGCAAAAAUCGGCGAACACAAGCAGGAUGUCGAUUUAUUUCCUGGAAGUGACUGGGAGACGUGGUUGAUCGAAGAAACAUACUGUGGAAAGGGGGCUUGCUCUGCUUCGAGAGCUGGCACCUACGACACGUCCGUCGCCACUACAGGAGGAAUCCAGUGGAAGGCAGCUCUCGAGAAUUAUAUGCGCGGGGUGAAUUUGGAAGGCGAAGGUGGCACGGCGUAUCAAGAUGAUAUCGAGUUGGACGGAAUAACGGUGAAAAAUGCAAGUCUUGCUGUUCUUGGAACGUCGACACCACAGAAGAUCAAGUACCCCGGUGGUAAGACAGCAGAGUUCACUGCUGGCUGUCUAAGCCUAGGAGGGAGGAGAGAAACGAACCAGAGCUUCUUCGUUGGCGAUAAUUUCCCAACCAUUAAUGCAAGUCUUCCAUCAGGUUGGCUAUGGGACAACGGAUAUACCGAGUCGUAUUCGUUCGGUAUGCAUAUCGGAUCAGCACAACCUGCUACCAGGGUACCGGGCUCACUGUGGUUCGGGGGCUAUGACCAGAACCGUGUCGUGGGAGAGAUCCUGAGCAUGAAUGGCGGUCCAAGAGAUGGGAUCACACUACGGGAUAUCAGCAUCGAUGUGGUGGGAAGCAAGUCUCCAUUUGAGUUCCGGUCCAAAGGCGGUCUACUUGCUGAGGGAAACUCCUCUAUUGGUACCUCCUUCAAGGUAUUAGUUGACGGCUGUUCACCGUACUUGACCCUCCCCGAGUCAACCUGCAACAGUAUCGCCUCUCAUCUUCCUGUCAAGUACAGCAAGGACCUUGGUUUGUACCUUUGGGACACCGAAUCGGAUCAGUACCUGGAGAUCAUCUCAUCAGCCACGACACUUACCUUUGAGUUCAUCUCGACAUCCAAUACCAACCCCGUCAAAAUCCGUGUUCCGUUUAUGCACCUCAACCUAACCCUCGAAGCACCUCUGGUAGAUGAUCCAAUACCAUACUUCCCUUGUCACGUUAAUGGUGGUGACCGAUGGGUUUUGGGACGAGCGUUCCUCCAAGAUGCUUUCAUCGGGGCUAAUAUGCGCCGCGGUGUAGACACAUGGUGGUUAGCUCAGGCUCCAGGUCCCAACAUCCAGGCAACUGCGAACCCUGUUACGAUUGGUGAGAUGGACAAUACAGUUAGGAAAGGUGGGAAUGACUGGAACCAGUCCUGGACAGGAUAUUGGAACAAUGAAGAAGCGCCUCCGAGUACUCCCAGUUCCGCGGCCGAUGAUGUUGAUGAACCAAAGGAGGACGAGAAAGAAGUUGGUAUGUCGAUAGCUGCGAAAGCUGGUAUCGGUGCUGGAAUUGCUGCUACUGUGAUAGCUCUUGGAGCGGGCGUCUUCCUGUAUCGGCGUCGACGUCGAGGUCAGACUACCCCAGCCACUGAGGCCCCGGCCUAUGAACAGAACGUCAUGCAACAGCAUUACAUCGAUACAAAGCCUCAAGAGCUAGCCCAACGGUCACCCCAAGAACUACAUGGAAACGAGGUGUUUAUGCCAAGGCCCCAUCAGCGCUUUGAGCUUCCUUGA